AUGCGCAGAAGCCGAAUGAAAAAGAAAACGUCACGGGCCGGUGCAGCAGUAGCAGCAGUGUGUUCCCAUCACGAAGAGAGAGAGAGAGAGAAGCAACAUCACCGCCUUUUUCCGACCAGCAUCUUAACCACCCAACACCGAGCUCGAGUGGGAAAACACACAAGUAAACCCAGACUGUCCUCCGGUGUCCAGAGUCCCUCCUCCUCCUCAAACAUGUCCGUGGGCAGCGACUUUGGAAACCCUUUAAGAAAAUUCAAACUCGUCUUUCUGGGGGAGCAAAGUGUUGGGAAGACGUCUUUGAUCACACGGUUCAUGUAUGACAGCUUUGACAACACAUAUCAGGCCACAAUUGGAAUUGACUUCCUGUCGAAAACCAUGUACCUGGAAGAUCGAACGGUGAGGUUGCAGCUCUGGGACACAGCAGGACAAGAGCGCUUCAGGAGCCUCAUCCCCAGUUAUAUACGGGACUCCACUGUGGCUGUGGUGGUCUACGACAUUACAAACAUUAAUUCAUUCCAGCAGACGUCAAAAUGGAUCGAUGAUGUGAGAACAGAGAGAGGAAGUGAUGUCAUCAUUAUGCUCGUCGGCAAUAAAACAGACCUGGCAGAUAAGAGGCAAAUCACAAUUGAGGAAGGUGAACAGAGGGCUAAAGAGCUGAGUGUCAUGUUCAUUGAGACCAGCGCCAAGACAGGUUACAACGUCAAACAGCUGUUUCGACGUGUGGCAGCUGCUCUUCCAGGGAUGGAAAGUAUGCAAGAAACAAGCAAAGAAGGGAUGAUUGACAUCAAGUUGGACAAACCGCAGGAGCCGCAGACUACUGAAGGCGGCUGCUCUUGUUAAUACUAAGUACAACCCUGGAAAACAUCAUUUACACCACAUGCUUGUUAUGUUGCUUCCUAUUGGUUAACCUGCAGUUGACUUUGCACGUUGAGAAUCUGGCCUCCUCACCUGACUAUUGGUCAUCGGUUGGAACUAGCAAUAUGUGAAUUUGGUUAUAAAGUAGUGUAGUCUACUUUGUUAAUGAAACUGCCAAAAAGUCUUACAACUUGCAAAAAAAAAAAGAAAAGGAAAAGAAACAUAAAAAAAGACAAAGAUGUGAAAAAGAUCCCCAAGUUGCAGAUUAUGUGUAUACAUUUUUUUUAAGUAGAAAAGGAAGUUUCCCCAGUUUCUUUUUGUAUUUUUGUAUAUUCAGGGAAAUCUCUCUGGAACGGUUGUCUUUUUAAAAGAUGCAAACAACCAAGCUCUGUAUUUGAGCGCUCGACAAGAACAGAUGGUUUUAGACGUACACUUAUGGAUCCCACUGUUGUUAUGGGUGUAAACGGAAACCCCACCCAUACUCUUACCCAAACCUUAACCACACCAAACUCUUACCUAACCCCUUACGUAGCCAUUUUCAACUUUACACCUACACUUAUCCAUCUCAUGGCUUAUUACCCAAACAUAACCACACUUAUGCCUAAAGCCUCCUGGUUUGGCAGACCAAUCACAGCACUCCUGCCCAAAACCCCUGUGGGAUCCACAAUUUUGCGUUUAUAGACGUUACAAGAAAAACUGAACAGUAACAUCUUGAGUAUCUAAUGCAUGCCUAGUUUUUGAGCAUAGGUACUGUCUACCAGUGUACACGAGUUUGAUUAUGUAAAUGGUAACAUUACACCAGUGACUUAAUGCACUCUGAUAAUGACUAGUCCAAGUCUUUUGUUUAUUAACUGGAUUUGUAUACUUGACUUCAGAUUAUCUUUUUGUCGUGUGUGUGUAAAUGUGUGCUUUCUGUAUAGGCAACGUUAGAAUGCAUUCAUAGAGGGCCACUGCCAAGUCGUGUCAUUCUUGCCACAUUACUGACGGACUCUCGUUACCGUUUAGAUCACCAUUGGUUUGCAGUAUGUCAUAGACUCCCCCCCACCCCCCGUUCACGUCAAUAUGACAUCUGCUGUUGCAUUGUGUGAUAUCUUGGUAGUUGUGAUUAUGAUAGUCUGCACAUGUAAUGGAGCAGGUGGAGAGAAUCAAAGCCCUUGCCUUGUGUCACAGACGAACAUAAACACAAAGUUCCCCAUCUGGUGAUCUUUAAUUGUGUAGACUUGAAUUCAGGUUCUGUGAACAGACCAGACCUUCGACAUUGUAAAUCAGUGCACCAUCUUAACUUGGUGAUGCUCAUAACUGUUCAUCACAUGAGCAGUUUCAUUCCUGACAAAAAGACCAAUUUGCACAUGUAGACCUUUCAGGUUAAUAUGAAGUUUAUGUAAAGCUUCAUUUGUAAAUGUACAGUCACAUAAUUCAAGACCUGUCCGAUUGUUGUAGAAACUGUCACGUAACGCGUCCCCACUGAGAUGAGGUUUUCUUUGCUGCUUGUGUUUUAACUGACUACUGGCGUUGGCAUUAUGCAAUGUUGCAAUGUUGUUUCAAUUUGAUCUUCUUUUUUUUUUAGAGCCAAGUAUCAUAAUGUACUGCUGGGUGAAGUCAGCCAGUGUUGAGAACACUACUUUGAUUUGACUUGUCUUAGAAGUGAAAUCUUACUGCACUUUUUAAGAACAUGUUUUAGAAUUAGCGUGACAGUGUAAGUCUUAGAAACAUGGUAAAAUAAUCUCCAUAACAUUUGGAGUACUGUGUCUUUAGAGUAGAGUAAAACAUUUAUGAAUUGUUCACUCAUGUCCAAAAAGGGGAGCACUCUUGUGAGAACUAGUGAGCCUUUUUAACCCACAUAAUGAGCCAAAUGAUGAUAAUAAUAAUAAUAAUCAUAAUGAUAAUAAUAAUAACGAGAGACAGAGUUGGAUCCGGUAUCACAAGAGAUCUCGACUGGAACACACUCUUUUGUGGGUUUGGGAGUGACAAAGACAGGUUGCAUUACAAGUUGUAUCCCCUCUAAAUGACAAAAAAAAAAAAAAAAAACUUCUAUUCUCAUAAUGCUUCAUUUUUUUCUCUUCUGUUUCUGUGCAGAAUAUUUAUGUUGAAGCAGGAAUGUACAGCUCUCAUUACAGACCACACAGCCUUGUAAGGAGAGCACGUUUUCAGAAAUGAGCUGGGUAUUUAUUUUUAAAUGAAGAUAAAAUUAUUGAUCAGUUGCUCCUUUGUACUUUUUCCCCUUGAAUACGAAAGUCAAACCCACCAUUCCUUUCCUGAAGGCCCAUUUUAACAUUCCCUGAAAUGGACCAAGUGAUGUGACAAAUGUCUUUGGAUGUUGGGGGGGGUCUGUAAUUUGAGGAUGGGGGGCCAUGGCCAUUCCCUGAGGGUGUGUAUGUUCUGUCACAGCUCUGUGCAGCAGACCUGAUCAGACCUCUCAGAGCUGGCUCUCCAUUCACACUGUACAGAGAUCUAGCAUGUCUCUCCAAAUGAUUAAUAAAGAUGUCUUAUUACCAAAGUCA